AUGGCGCUGAGACGUCUGUCCAAGUACCAGACGAAGGUGCUGAUGCACCAGGCCAAGGCGUGCCUCGGCCAGGGCUGCUUCGGCUCCGUCUUCCACGUCACAUUCGACGGCAAGGACUGCGCCCUCAAGGUGGGCAACACCAUGGACGAGGCCGAGUCCUUGGAGAGGGACAGGAUGAUCCUGGAGAAGCUGGGGGGCGCGGGCGGAGCGCCCAUCCCCCUGGCCUACUGCCCGGAGAUGCCCGCCUUCGUCAUGACCUACUGCGGCCGCCAGGACCUCUUUGGCCUCAUCAUGUCCAAGCCGCGGCCGUCGGACCGCGACAUCCUCGACGCAGCAAUCAAGGUGACGGAGGCGCUGCAGGAGAUCCACGACGCGGGCUUCGUCCACUGCGACUUUAAGGCGGACAACAUCGUGGUGGAGACGGCCAGGAAGGGGCACGUGACCAAGGUCCACGUCGUGGACUUCGGCCUCACGCAGCCCGUGGGCGGCAGCCACCCGCUCGGCUAG